UUUUGGCUAAAUAAAAGCCGACAUAACUUUAUUUACAUUGUAUUUGACAUGAUCUUCCUUUACCACUACUUCAAUCCUCUCGUCAAUUAUUGACCCAUCAUCUUCUUCACUAGAAUCCUCCUCUUCUCCGAUCUGUUCUUAAGGGGCGAACCUUGGAGGAGCAACAAAAUUUGUUGCCAUGUAAUCUAAAGGUCAGCGUUUCAAGCCAUAGAAACAUAUGCAGGAAUAUCAUAUUCAAGUGCGAACACUAAUUCAUCCAGUAAUAUGCUGAUUGAUUCUUCAAAUCCUCUAGAUCUGCAUCCUUCUAAUCACCCUAGGAUAAUUUUCGUAGCCAAAUCUUUUGAUGGACUUGGAGCAUGGAAGAGUGUGAUUAUCAUCACAUUAUCAGCAAAGAAAAAUUAGGGUUUAUAGAUGGAACCCUUUCCAGACCUAUAAAUUCUUUUAUUGUGUUGUGGCAACGAUACAAUGAUAUGGUCGUCUCCUAGAUUCUCAAGACUCUAUCCAGAGAAAUCAGUGAAAGCGUUUUAUACAUUGAAACUGCACAAAGACUUUGGACCGAACUCAAUGGUAGAUAUAGUCAAGCUAAUGGCGCAAAAUUGUAUCAGUUGUAGAAGAAUUUGUCUCAAAUCUCUCAAGGUAUGAUGAUAUUGCUACUUAUUUACUAAAAUAAAGUAUAGUUUGGAUGAGUUAAAUGCUUGGAUAUUACUUAAUGUUCUUGUGGUGUAUCUCAUCGUCUUGCUAAAUGAGAAGAAGAUCAAAGAUUAGUCAACUUUCUUAUGGGACUUAACCCUAGUCAUGAUAAUGUGCGAGGAAGUAUACUGAUGAUAAAACCACUUCCGUUAAUUAAAGAAGCGUUUACACUUCUCAUCCAAUAUGAGAAAUAAAGGAAAAUUCAUUCAAAUAAUUCAUGUUGGCUUAUAUGGAUCCCUCCUUGAGAACAGAUGAUAGAAAGAAAAAUAAUUCUACAAACAUUUGAUCCUUCAAAUAACAGUGCUUGAAUAUUUUCUUCCUUCAAUGGCAAGUCCUCAAACAACUAAUGCUUCUAAGGUCUGCUACGAAGCUAAAGUCUGAUGGUUCAUAAAGUCUGCAAGAGUUAAACCGCUGAUAAAGACCAAAGGUCUGCUGGAAGCAAAGGUCUGAUCACCCUUUGAAGAAGGUCUGCUAAAGCUUCAUCAGAGGAUAGAGCUCAUCAGAGGAUUGGAUCAUCAGAGUUUGUAAUCAGUGUUUUGUAAUGCAACAGUGUUUAGCUAUAGCAAAGGUUAGGAAUUGUUAUAGUUGUUAGAUGUCAUUGUCUAGGUGACGUCAGCAAAGAUUCCACAGUGGUUAGGUUUGUACAAUAAAUAGAACAGUGCAUGUACUGUUAUAUUGGAUCACUUCACACACUUGCAUUUUGUACGAACAAACACAAUGAUCUAAGGCUGAGGGGGAGUUUGUAUUCAUGUAUACGUAAAUCAAUCAUUCAAUUGAAAGUAUUCAUGAUUAAAGCAAAUCUCUCAUUGUUUGUGUUAUAAAGUUUACAUUCAUUCCACUGCAAAUUAUUUCAUUUUUUUUAUCAUCUUCCAUUUGUUCAUCUUAAACAAACACAAACAAUUCAAACUAAGAUCCUAACAAUUAGUAUCCGAGUAUAGGUCAAUAAAGUUCGAUUUAACAAUCAAUUUGAUAUAAAAGAUCGGCUCAGUUCAUUGAUAUCGUUUGUUCGUAUUAGUUGAAAAACAGAGUUAGAAUUUUAAUCACGUUCAAAGUAGUUUAAACAAAAAAACUUUGUAAAACAACCAAAAUAUCUCAAAACACACAAGAUCCUCAUAACACUGGCACCCUGUAUAAGCCACCUAUGCUUGUCAAAUCUGAGUACAAUAUCUGGCAACGUAGGAUAGGUCAUAUUCUUGCACAGCAAAAAAACCGGUUGCUGGAAAUCGGUUAUCUUUGGACCACAUGUUCCGAUGGUGCCGAGUGCAGAAGACCUCAAGGUCCAAGUACCUAAGAAGCCUGAGAACUACUUUGAGCAGGAUUUUCAGAAAAUUGAGUUAGAUGUUAAAGCAUUCAGUAUAGUUGCUACAGCACUACCCAAUGAUAUUUAUGCUAGCCUAUUACAUUGUAACAGUGCAAAAGAGUUAUGGGAUGCACUAAAAGAGCAAUUCAGUGGCAUAGAAGAGUUCAUUGAGAAAAACAGAGAAGUGUUGAACCAACAAUAUGAAAUGUUUUGUCAUAUAAAAGGAGAGUCGUUAACCCAACAGUUUGAAAGGUUUAAUUGUCUGAUUAGUGAGUUAAAACUGGUUAAUGUGGAAUAUGCUAACUUAACUUUAAAUAGUAGGUUUCUUAGAUCAUUGCCAGAAAAAUGGGACACUAUAGCCUUUGUUAUUAGAAACUCUAUGGGUUUUAAGGAGAUGAGUUUGACUCAACUUCAUUGUAGGCUCCUCACUUAUGAGAGAGAGCUUAACCAGAAAAAGAAGUUACAAGAGUCUGAAAAAGUGGCUGAUGACCACUCUUUUGGUAGUACAACACUUUUUGGUCAGGAAGAAUCAUCUGGUAGCACUAAGGAUCAGAGUUAUGAUCAUUUCAUUGACAUAACAUCUGGUGGAGCAUUCAACUCUAAUCCUUACUCACCCAAGUAUGCUUUUACAGCUAAUGGGGAAAAUCAGAUCUCUGAUAACUUGUCCUUUGAAUUAAAUGACCUUCAACAUUUUGACCCCAUAAAUUUGAAAGAGAUGGACAUUUUACAUCAACUUGCCUUGUUAAGUGUGAGAACAAGCAAGUUUUACAAAAGAACUGGUAGGAAGUUUCCAGGGUUGCAUGGGAAUUUAAAAGUUGGGUUAGAUAAAUCAAAGAUUAAGUGUUAUAAGUGUAACAGGCUUGGUCACUUUGCUAGGGAAUGUAGGAGUCAAAACAGUGGUCCUAUAAUCACUCACCCCAGUCAAAGACCUCAAAACACCCAAAACACUGUUCAUUAUUCCCAAUAUACCCCUGCUCCUCAAAUGCAAAACACUGCUCAUUUUGCACACCCUGUAAACACUGUUCAUGUCCAGUAUGUCCAAACCACUGUUCCUCAAAUUCAAUAUGUUCAAGUCCCAGCACUCCAUGUCCAAGUGCAAGAUGCACAAACAUCGGCUCCAGCAGAGGCCAGUCAACAGAGCUUCUUUACACAAGGCUUUGUUGAUUGGAGCAGCUUAUCUGAGGAUUUAAUUGAUGAAAAUUUUGCUCUAGUUGCUAAUUAUGAUGUUUUACCUGAUGAAUUUUAUUUUAUGGCACUAGAAACAAUACCAAAAGGGCUUGAAUCUGAGGAAGUGGAGUCCAAAUCUGAAAUGGUAGAAGAAAAAGCUAAAACAGAUGUUACAGCAGAAAAUGUUGGUGAACAGAUGUUAGAAGAAAAGGUUGUUGAACCUCUGUUGGAACCUCUAACUGAUCCACGUAUUGACUUUGCUCAUAUCAAAUGGUGAUGUUGAAAGGAUAAAAAUGAAGGAUGCAUAUGGUCUGAAUGUAUGUGACCUUCAAGAUAUUUUGAACCUUCAACUUGAAAGGGAUAAUGAAGAAGACAUGAUUUCCUUGGACUUUGAAUUAUAGUUCAAAGACAAAUCGGGGAAAUGAUGAUGAGAAAUAAAGAUCAAGAAUAAAGAAAGGUUUUGGCAUCAUCUGUUCUAGGGGGAGAUUGUUAGCUCAUGUGGAUCCCACCUUGAGAACAGAUGAUAGAAAGCCAAAAUAAAUCUUCAAACAUUUGAUCCUUCAAAUAACAGUGCUUGAAUAUUUUCUUCCUUCAAUGGCAAGUCAUCAAACAACUACUGCUUCUAAGGUUUGCUACAAAGCUAAAGUCUGAUGGUUCAUAAAGUCUGCUAGAGCUAAACCACCGAUGAAGACCAAAGGUCUGCUGGAAGCAAAUGUCUGAUCACUCUUUGAAGAAGGUCUGCUAAAGCUUCAUCAGAGGAUAGAGCUCAUCAGAGGAUUGGAUCAUCAGAGUUUGUAACCAGUGUUUGUUUUAUAAUGUAACAGUGUUUAGCUAUAGUAGAGGUUAGGAGUUAUUAUAAUUGCUAGAUGUCAUUGUCUAGGUGACGUCAGCAAAGAUUCCACAGGGGUUAGGUUUGUACUAUAAAUAGAACAGUGCAUGUACUGUUCUAUUGGAUCACUUCACACACUUGCAUUUUGUACGAACAAACACAGUGAUCUAAGGCUGAAGAGGAGUUUGUAUUCAUGCAUACGUAAAUCAAUCAUUCAAUUGAAAGUAUUCAUGAUGAAAGCAAAUCUCUCAUUGUUUGUGUUAUAAAGUUUACAUUCAUUCCGUUACAAAUUAUUUCAUCUUUUUAUCAUCUUCCAUUUGUUCAUCUUAAACAAACACAAACACAAACAAUUCAAACUCAGAUCCUAACAAUUUAUUUGUUUCUGAAUCUGCUGCCAUGAAUGUUCCGAAUUAGGCUUUUAAUGGAAGAUUUAAUAACAAAAAACUCUUGUAUGUUCACACUGUAAGAAGAAUGGGCACAUUGCAAGCAAGUGUUAUCAUCUUGUUAGGUUUCCUAAGGACUUUAAAUUUACAAAAACUAAAAGAUUUGCCGGAAAUGUGUUGUUUGAUGAGAAAGACAAUAACGACUAGUUCAUUGAGUCACCGGUUUCACAGUCACCUGCUGGGGUAUAUCUUUUAAGAGCAACAAUGCCCUCAAUAACAACACUUUCCAAUAAUUUAAUUUUGUUUACUAAAUGUUCUUAUAAUAUUGUUGUUAGUAUUAAGAUUUGGCAUCAUUGACUUGGAUGUUUACCAUUUUACAAAUUCAAGCAGUUAAAUCUUUGUUCUCAUACACAUAUGGAUCCAAUUACACCCUGUGAUAUUUGUCCCAAAGCAAGCCAACAUCACCUUCCUUUUUCCCAUAGUCACAGAUUCGCAUCUCCUUCUCACAUGUUUAAACUCAUUCACAUUGACGUAUGGAGACCAUAUUUGUGACAUUCGACAAAUUCCUAGGUUAAUCCGUACACCCUAAUAGUACAUAUGUUAAAUCUGUGUUUACAAGGCUUGUGAUUAAAUGACAAAUAAGUGCAAACAAUUUUGUAUUGUAUAACUAAAGAUAAACAAUCACAAGCGAGAAAUCAUCAUCAACGUCUGUUUUUCAAUAAUAAUCAAAUAAUCACAAAAAAGUUUUAUAGAAGACUGACUCUACAAACUCCCCGUUAGACAAAAAACAAUUCUGUUCGUAUAAAAGAAAAGGUGAUGUGUGUGAUCAAAUAGAUCUCUAACAGGUGAGAUCUAUUUAUACUAAGUACGAAAGCUAUGUUUGUGAUUGGCUGACAUUACCCUGAUAGUGACAUCUAAUAGCCCUAAUAGAAAAGAUUCCACAGAUGUUGCAAACAUAUGUAAAAAUCAAACAACUUUUAAAACUAUGCUAAACUCUGUUUAGAAACUAAUAUUGUUACAUUGGGAAACAACUAUUAAGCUACGCUCUGUUGCUUUGUUCCAAGCAUCUGUUUGGCCAGACAGAUGUUUGGUCUUCAUCAGCAGACCUUUGCUUCAACAGACUUUACGACUUGAACAUACCGUGUUUCUUCAUAAAUAGCGGUUCCAAGGCCUCAAACAGAUGUUAGCUGGUCUUCAACAGAUGCUCUGAUUUAGGUGUUCAAGAUUCUCUAUCUUUGGGAGGAAUCUGGUUCAGUCUUCUAUUUGUUUCUUGAUCACUUGAUCAUGUUAUGGCUUUUGGAUAUCAUCCGUUUUUUGUAAGUCCAACAAUAUUUAUAUUAAUUCUGUGCAUUCAAAUUUAGUUAUUAUUAUUCGAGUCCAUAAAGUCUAGCAAAGUUUGGGUAGAUGCAUGGGUUUGAAUUUGGUAACCGUUAGAUAUCGUCUUAUCGUGUAAGGGUAAAAUUGUAUGAAACUAACGUUGGUGAUUAUCCGGUAAAUUUUUAUUAACAGGAAUUAUUCCAAUAUACCUGGAACAUUAAACCAAUUGCAUUAGUAUGUGCUUUCGUGUGGAAAAUUGAUAAAACCAUAAUACAUAUAGAAUAAUAUCGUAUUUUCCGAUUUUCUCGCGUAUUUGUUAAUUUUG